AUAACAGACUCGUCCCACGAUACAAGUUUUGCCGUUGUUUGCUUCCUUCGUCGGGAGAGUCGACCUUUAAUUCCUGUGCGCCUCGUGCAUAAGCUAGCGCGGCUUUCCCGAAUAAGAAGGAGCAUGGCGGCACUCGCGGGAGCAGCUGCCGUUGCGGCUCCGCUGCAGGUCCCCGGAGUCAAGCAAUUAGCGACAGGGUCUAGCAGCAGCAGCAGCGGUUCGGUUCGUUCCGCGGUUCCUAGGAAGCUCGGGUCCGAUAUUCUGGGAAAGCAGAUUACCGCUACGCCACGCGGAAUGCAAGCAGCUUCGCAGAAUGUUCGCCCGCGGUCGGUGGAGGUCCGGGCGGUGGCGACGGAAGCACCGACGAAGAUGUCGCGAGUGGUGCAGUGGGAACAGGGGAAGAGACUGCAGACUCAGACGACAACCAUUGCUGCGGAUACGACCACCAUUCGCUCGCUCGACUGGGAUCGCGACCGCUUCGAUAU